CUCCACCCAACCCACCUUGAUUAUAAAUUUUGUCCCCUGUUUGAACUCUCCAUGUAACUCCCUCCUCCUCCUCCUCCUCCUCCUCUUCUUCCUCUCUCUCUCUUGAUCAGUCAUGGCUGUUACAGGGUCUUUCAUGAAACUACAACUCUCUUCAUCCCCAUGUCUAAAAGCUCCAAGGCUCUGCAAAUCCUCAAGAAAACAGCUCCGGGUGAAAGCUUCAGCUACCAGCUCAGAUGCUGAAGAUGCGAAGAUGACGAUCACUAAAGACAAAAACCGGUGGAAGAUCGAUUUCUCCGGCGAAAAACCGACGACACCAUUGCUGGACACCAUCAAUUUUCCGGCGCACAUGAAAAACCUCUCAACACAGGAUCUCGAACAGCUAGCGGCGGAGUUGAGAGUGGAUAUCGUAUAUUCAGUGGCAAAAACCGGUGGCCAUUUAAGUUCAAGUUUAGGAGUAGUUGAAUUGGCUGUAGCUUUACACCACGUUUUUAACACCCCAGAUGACAGAAUCAUAUGGGAUGUAGGCCAUCAGGCAUACCCACAUAAGAUUCUUACAGGAAGAAGGUCGAAGAUGAACACCAUAAGAAAAACCUCUGGACUUGCAGGUUUUCCUAAAAGAGACGAGAGUGUUUAUGAUGCUUUUGGCGCCGGACAUAGCUCCACCAGCAUCUCCGCCGGGCUAGGUAUGGCUGUUGGAAGAGAUCUAUUGGGGAAGAACAACAAUGUGAUCUCUGUAAUUGGCGAUGGCGCCAUGACAGCUGGACAAGCAUACGAAGCCAUGAACAACGCAGGAUUUCUCGAUUCGAAUCUGAUCGUCGUGCUAAACGACAACAAACAAGUCUCUUUACCCACAGCUACAUUAGACGGACCUGCAACACCUGUCGGAGCUCUUAGCAGCACUUUAGCUAAACUCCAAGCAAGUCCCAAAUUCCGUAAGCUUCGUGAAGCUGCAAAGAGUAUCACGAAGCAUAUCGGACCUCAAGCCCAUGAAGUUGCAGCGAAGGUGGAUGAGUAUGCGAGGGGUAUGAUUAGCGCUAAUGGGUCGACAUUGUUUGAGGAGCUCGGAUUAUACUAUAUUGGCCCAGUUGAUGGACACAAUGUUGAAGAUCUAGUCACCAUUUUUGAAAAAGUCAAGUCAAUGCCUGCACCUGGGCCUGUUCUUAUUCAUAUCGUCACCGAGAAAGGCAAGGGUUACCCUCCCGCAGAAGCCGCCGCCGACAGAAUGCACGGAGUGGUGAAGUUUGAUGUGGAAACGGGAAAGCAAUUUAAGACGAAAUCCCCGACGCUUUCAUAUACGCAAUAUUUUGCGGAAGCGUUGAUAAAAGAAGCUGAGGUGGACAAUAAAGUGGUUGCGAUACAUGCAGCCAUGGGAGGUGGGACCGGGCUCAAUUAUUUUCAAAAAAAGUUUCCGGAUAGGUGUUUUGAUGUGGGUAUCGCGGAACAACAUGCGGUUACUUUUGCAGCAGGGUUAGCAACCGAAGGUCUUAAGCCGUUUUGUGCUAUCUAUUCUUCGUUUUUACAACGCGGAUAUGAUCAAGUGGUUCAUGAUGUUGAUCUUCAAAAGUUACCGGUACGGUUUGCGAUGGAUAGAGCUGGAUUAGUGGGGGCAGAUGGGCCCACACAUUGUGGAGCUUUUGAUAUUGCUUACAUGGCAUGUCUACCAAACAUGGUGGUGAUGGCUCCAUCAGAUGAAGCCGAGCUCAUAAACAUGGUUGCCACGGCUGCAGCCAUUGAUGACAGGCCAAGUUGCUUUAGAUUCCCGAGAGGAAAUGGCAUUGGUGUACCUCUUCCUCCUAACAACAAAGGAGUUCCCAUUGAGAUUGGUAAGGGGAGAAUACUAUUGGAAGGAACUAGAGUUGCGAUUUUGGGAUAUGGUUCGAUAAUCCAAGAAUGUUUGGGUGCUGCUAGCUUGCUUCAAGAUCAUAAAGUGUCUGUAACAGUAGCAGAUGCACGGUUUUGCAAACCAUUGGAUGCAGAGUUGAUCAAAAGAUUGGCCAAUGAACAUGAAAUCUUGCUUACAGUAGAAGAAGGCUCAAUUGGUGGAUUUGGAUCACAUGUUGCCCAUUUUCUGAGUUUGAAUGGCAUUUUAGAUGGAAAACUCAAGCUAAGAGCCAUGACUCUUCCUGAUAGAUACAUUGAUCAUGGAGCACCACAAGAUCAACUUGAAGAAGCUGGUCUUUCUUCAAAACACAUAUGUUCAACGGUUUUAUCACUCGUGGGAAAGCCUAAAGAAGCAUUUCAGUACAAGACAAUCAUGUAGACGAAGGCCAAGAUCCAACUGUCUAAUUGAUUAUACGAAUAUUUUUCAGGUGUUUAGAGUUGAAAUCAGGAAACUGAGGGCUAGUAACAGUUUGUGCAUAUAUAUGUUGUUUUUCUCCUUCAAAAAUGUAGUAAUGUAUUACAUAAUUUCACCAACAAUAGAGGAUUGUGCAAGAUCAAUGAAAAUAUUUUUAGUAAAGAAGAAAGAUGGGAGGGGAUUUUGCUAUA